UACGAUCACCUGAUGGCAAGAGAUGACGCUAUCAGUAUCGGACCAAUGCCGCUCCUGUCUCGUCACCUUACAAGAAGUCAUAUCGAUCCUGUCCCAAUCGGAUCACAACGAUGGUCGUGUCAAUCAUGUCUAAGUCUGUGAGGAGCUGGACAGAUUCAGUCUCUUUACUGGGAACAUAGGAGCUCUUCAUCGACCUGAGUCAUCCAUGUCCAUCGAGUCACGACUACAAGAAGCCAACGAUGUGCUCACUCAUGUCUCAGGUCUCUUAGCUGACUUGAAUGAAGUUGCUGUAGAGCUUCUCGAGAUCGUUUCUGGUAAAAGAGAAGGCAUGAUCUCUAUUGCUGACGAAGCUGAAGAAGAGAAGGGGGAAGACAUUAGCGAAGUGAACGAACUUCGGGAAGAUAUCAGUGGGACCAUCACCCGACUCUUUAGGAUUUCGAUCCUUAUUCGGCAGGCUGCACCUACUGACCUUUUCGCCAAAGCUCUCAGUCGCAAUCGAUAUCGCUUUAAUGACCAAUUUGACAUUGCUCACGUUGGUGAGAAGUAUCGCAAACUUGCCACAAAGGACUACGCCUGGCUUCGUCAACGGCUUGGACGAGCUAUCACGCAAAGACGGCACUACCUCAGCUACAUCCAGGAUCACCAUGAGAAACUAGGAAGCAUGCUAAAUCACCACGACAAGGUGGAUAGUUCGGCCGCCAGGACCCAAGCUCCUAUCGUUAAGCAGCCGCUAGCUUCCGAGCUAAUGCUUGAUACUACGAGCCAUCCGUCCUUCCUCACCAAAGCCACCACUAUUGCUGCCGAACGAAUCACAACUCAGCUGCUUAUUGUCGAAGAGUCAGACUCAGAGGACGAUGUUCGUUCGUACACAACAAUCUCCCGAUCAAUCGACAGCGAUCAUGAGUCAUUUACCACCGUUCGCAUCCCGAAGCUUGAUGAUUUGCGCAUCGGUAACAAGAAAGAGUUCGAAUGCCCCUUCUGCUUUCGAAUCAAAAAGUUCAAGAGCGAGCGUAUCUGGACAAAGCACGUCUUCUCAGACCUUCGUCCAUACGUCUGCACAUUCCCAGACUGCGAUGCACCAUAUUUCGGAGACAUCAACAAAUGGUUUCAGCAUGAGAUGACGUUUCACCGCGUAGCCUACAAGUGCUUCCUCUGCCCAAACAAGGUCUACUGCCAGGAGACAAAAUACAUUUCUCAUUUAAAGCGAGAGCAUGCGAAGAUACUAGAUGGUGGUGGAGAGCAGCAAGGAAGAGACCUCGCUCGUAAGCCGCUCGCUCAGAUUCCAGCAAGUGAUUGCCCUUGCUGCUCAGAUUGGGUUGAUCGUUUGAAAGAGCGAAUAAUCCGAUCGAGCGGAUCAGCAUCCAGCGAAAUUCUGGCUGUCACUCCGACGGUAUUCAAACGCCACCUCGCCGGCCAUCUCGAGCAGCUCGCAAUUUUCGCUGUGCCUGUCGGUGCUGCGACUGAUGACGAUAGCAACUCGAAUGCUGUCGUAGAAGAGAGAAAGAGCGAGCGCACAGACGCAUCGCAACUUUCAACUUUGACUUUCGCAAGCUUCCGAGGUGGUUUAGAGGAUGCGAUCCCAGGGAUGGAAAUAGAGCCAUCUGCGAGCGAAGUUCCACUCGCCAAUGUACAAGACACUGAAAUCGAGGCAGAGACUAAUAAUGAGCCCAUAUUUUCUUCACUAUCAGGAGCCAUUGAGCUGGGAGAACAGGACAGAGCGGAUCAUUCAAGCACGUUGACUGGCAUGGCCAACCUGCCGCUUAUCUACAGGAACCAAGACCACAGGCAGGUAGUCGAGACACUGCUCGACCAGGGUGCCGACGUCAACGCACAGAGGUGGACACUACGGCAACGCACUGCAGGCAGCUUCAGCAAGAGGCCACGAGCAGGUGGUUAAACUGCUGUUUAGCAACGGGUGCCGACGUCAACGAACAGGGUGGA